GGCUGUGCCGGGGGACACAGCUGAGCCUUUGCCGUUCCACAGGUUGCACGAGUUGCUGAGAUCUCUACACACGCAAGCAAAACGUCGUCCGAAAUGGCAACCGAGGGUGAUAAACAUCUAGGAGGAAAAUUGACUGGAAGUAUGGAUCCCAUCUUGGAGAUUCUCACCUCCUCCAUUGCCAUUGACCAGAGACUGGCUGAUGUUGACAUUCAGUCGAGUGUGGCUUACGCCAAAGCCUUGGAGAAGGCCAGCAUCCUCACUAAACCUGAGCUGGAGAAGAUCCUGAGUGGCCUGGAAAAGGUAUCUAUGUCCUUGGCCCACUCUCCUGUCUCCUCUGGCCUACAUGAGCUGAUUGGAGAUGUUGCUGGAAAGCUGAGCAUUGGAAGAAGCACAAAUGAACAGGUUGUCACUGACUUGAAGCUGUUCAUGAAGAAAUCCAUCUCUGUGGUGUCCACUCACCUGCUGCAGCUCAUUAAGACCCUGGUGGAACGUGCUGCCAUAGAAAUCGAUGUUAUCCUCCCUGGCUACACCCACCUGCAAAAAGCUCAGCCCUUCAGAUGGAGCCAGUUCUUGCUCAGCCACGCUGUUGCGCUGACCCGGGUCUCUGAGCGCCUGGGAGAGAUCAAGAAGAGGGUCAAUAUCCUGCCUUUGGGAAGCGGUGCCCUGGCUGGAAACCCACUGGACAUCGACAGAGAGCUGCUGCGCAGCGAGCUGGACUGUGCUUCCAUCACCCUGAACAGCAUGGAUGCCAUCAGUGACAGGGACUCUGUGGUUGAAUUACUCUCUGUUGCCACUCUGCUGAUGCUCCACCUUAGCAAGCUGGCUGAAGAUCUCAUCAUCUACAGUACCAGCGAGUUCGGCCUUGUGACCAUCUCCGAUGCCCUCACCACUGGCAGCAUCCUGAUGCCUCAGAAGAAGAACCCUAUAAGCCUGGAACUGAUCCGCAGCAAGACUGGACGUGUGCUUGGCCGGCUUGUCUCUAUUAUCAUGGUUCUCAAAGGACUUCCGAGCACCUUCAGCAAGGAUCUGCAGGAGGACAAGGAGGCUGUCAUUGAUGUGGUGGACACCCUGACUGCUGUGCUCCAGCUUGCCACUGCAGUCAUUUCUACCCUCCAGAUCAACAAGGAGAAUAUGGAGAAAGCUUUGACCCCUGAAAUUCUGUCCAGUGACCUGGCUCUCUACUUGGUUCGUAAAGGAAUGCCAUUCAGACAAGCCCACACUGCUGUUGGAAAAGCCGUCCACCUUGCUGAGACUAAGGGCAUCACCAUCAACAAUCUCACUCUGGAAGACCUGAAGAGCAUCAGCCCUCUGUUUGCCAGCGACGUGUCCCAGGUCUUCAGCAUCGUCAACAGCGUGGAGCAGAACACGGCUGCAGGAGGCACCGCCAAGAGCAGCGUGACCACCCAGAUCGAGCAGCUGAGGGAGCUGCUCAAGAAGCUGAAGGAACAAGCUUAGAGUGUGGGGAGAUAUCCCGUGUAUGCAGCUUUGUGCUUAUCCCACUGGUCUGCAGUUUAAAUAAACACCGUGGUGUAUUGUAGUUCACU